GAACAAUAUAGUAAAAUAGGAAGUAUAAUGCAGCAAUUUAACCAUAAAAAGUGAACAGAAUUACUUACCAUUCGUGAAAAACUGGAAAUGUUUUUUCCACUUUUACUAUUUACGGUGACGUAAUCACUUUAACAGGUGCUGCGAAAGUACCAGACACUGUGGGGGUUGGACAGGAAGCCUUCGCAGCGGCCGAAGCUCUAUGUCGUUAACCUGCAGUGGACGCCGAAGGAUGGCUCGUCAACUUUGAAGAUCAACGGCAGGUGUGACGACGUGAUGUCACGCGUCAUGCGCUCGCUCGGUCUCACCGUGCCGCGCUACGACAGGAACACUGACCCGAUCGUCCAUCUCGCCGUGCCGCUGAGAGCCCACGAGCUCACGACGACCACCAGGAAGCUGCUGCUGCCCUCCUCAUCCUCCUCAUCCUCCGCAUCUGUGUUGCCAAGCAACGCCACUGCCAACCGGCCGCCUGUUGCACGGGGCUUCAUCGACGAUGCCGUGCGAGCGACGGUGGAUGCUCUACUGGAUGCAGUGUGUGGUGCGGAGGAGGCUGUGAUGGCGGGGGCGGGGGCAGGGGGCGUGGUGCCGGGGUGGUUCGGAAAGGGCUGCGCGCGACGAAAGCCAAAGCGAUUAAAGUUGUCCUCGUGAUGUCAUCGUCGUUUGCCUGCUGUGAUGUCAUCUUCAUCAUUGUGAUGUCAUCGUCAUUGUCACUGUGAUGUCAUCCUCAUCAUUGUGAUGUCAUUGUCAUUGUUGCUAUGAUGUCAUCCUCAUCAUUGUAAUGUCAUUGUCUUUGUCACUGUCAUCUUCGGUGUGGUAUGACCAUUGUUGUCGCUGUGAUGUCAUCGUCACCAUCAUCACUGAUGUCAUCAUCAUCUUCGUCACUUUGUCGUGUCACCCUCAAUGUGACAUGUUUCCACCUUGUGAAAAUAGGUGACACGUGAGGACGCGUUCCUGCACGGUUGACGCGUCGUUCCUGCGGCAGGUGUGACAAUAGCUGCAAGUAAUUCACCAUGCAAAGCCAUCGCAGAGAGGAACGAGCGAAUGAUGCGCCGAUAAAUGCACAGUGGCGAGCUCGACGUGGUGCCGACGCCGCAUCGUCACCAGUCUAUCUAAUCUAUCGUCUGUUCUAAUCGAUGAACAUCAAACUAGGUGGUCUCCACAACAGUGUUGUUAUCUACUGGAACACGGAAGAUCGUUAAAUUUUGCUCGCAGCGAAUGUCAUUGAACUCAGGAAAUCGUAAGCCUCACGGGUCGCGCCCAUGGAGGCUUACUAGACUAGGUAACCGGUCGGGAUUGUCUGCUCUGUUGUCGUUGCCGUGGUAACAGGGGUAAUCGCAUGGUUCCCGUCGUGCGUAACUGGUCUGCUAGAUGGAAUAAUUACCUCAUGAAGAAUGUGCUGAGCUCAAAUCGAAGAGUCGGGUUUUUUGAAUUAGAAUCGUAUGUAUAUUUGUGAAGCUGCUCAUGAAACUGUACCUCACUUGUGAUUGUUGCAUGUCCUAAUACGCUAUUUAUUACAUUCGCAACUGGAAUAGCACAGAUGACGGCGUCUGUCAAUGAUACACACAUAUCAUCGUUAGUUUUUUAACUGCGUGUUUUUUUCUUCUAGGAUGGUAUGGGUAUCUGAAUUUGUAUUUAAAUAUUUCUUCUACGCAUAAGUAACUUUGCAAUAAAUCAUGUAUUUAUAAGGUGUGUUAGAGUGAAUAUGCACGUACAGGUGGUGGUCGAGUAGACAUUUAUUACAACUUGCUAGAUUUUAUAUCCUUUGUAUAAAAACACUUGCGAAAUAAUCGUGCUAUUUUAAUUACAAAGUAAAUCGAUGUUCUAGAAUUAU